GCCGACAACACGGGACAUGUAGUUCAAACAGAUAUCGCAUUCACUCGUCUCCAAAACAUAAAAUUGUUGAUCUGAACCACCCCGACAGAUCCUCCCAAGAGCUGACAACUCUUUUUACGGGGGCAACCACCAUGAAGUUACAUCUAUGGCUACAGAACACUUCAUAUAGCGCACAGCAAGCCAUGCAGGAUGAUUUACUGAUGGACAAAAACAAAGCCCCGCAGCCUCACCAUCAGCAAGAUCCAACAAACGUAGACCCUCCCUCUACCCCGGCCCCCUCAUUUGAACCCCCUUCAUCCGAGGAGAGCAGUCCGUCGAGUGUGUCCCACCAAGCGGCUUCAUUAGUGCUGGACAACAAAGAGAAAGUGCAGAUGGAGUCGCCGAUCCUGCCGGGGUUGAGUUUUCACCAGCCGCAGGAGACUGGAGGCACCCUCUCUCCGUCGUUCGGCAGCACUUGGUCCACGGGCAGCUCGAACGCCGGCCCGGACGACAGCUUUUUCCAAGGAAUACCCUCGGUGAACGGAACGAUGCUUUUUCAGAACUUCCCCCAUGUCAACCCGGUGUUCGGAGGUAAUUUCUCACCUCAGCUCGGCCUGGCUCAGUCUCAACAUCAUCAUCAGCAGCAGCAACAGCAGCAGCAGCAACAGCAAGCACAACAGCAGCAGCAGCAGCAGCAGCAGCAGCAGCCCCAGCAAAGGAGGUCCCCCGUGAGCCCCAACCAAGGCCCAUUCCCCCAGAGAAACGCUUACCAGACCAUCAUGAACAGCAAGGGGUCACCUGCUCCGGCCUCGUCUUCGUCUUGGAAUAACCACCAGAACGCCGCCUGGAGCACCGCCUCCAACCCAUGGAGCGGCAUGCAGGCUGGAAGGGACCCUCGGAGAGCCGUGGGCGUCGGGGUCGGCGUGGGAGUCGGGGUGCCCUCUCCCCUGAAUCCCAUCUCCCCGAUGAAAAAACCCUACUCCGGCAAUGUCAUUGCGCCUCCGAAAUUCCCAAGAGCUGGCCCUCUUACCCCCAAGUCCUGGGUGGAGGACAGCGCCUUUAGGACCGACAACGGCAACAAUUUACUGCCUUUCCAGGACCGGAAUCGGCCCUUUGAUGCAUUUAGCUUGCACUCUUUGGAGAAUUCCUUAAUGGAUAUGAUAAGGACUGACCACGACAAAGGUAAACCACACCCAGCCAGCGGCCCACCAAUGACUAUCGCUGAUAUAGUAUGGAGGAAUCAUUUCGCAGGACGAAUGGGCCUCAAUUUCCACCACCCGGGGCCGACCCACAUUAUGCCGUUGAACACCAGGAGUUAUGGCCGCAGAAGAGGUCGCUCGUCUCUUUUCCCCUUCGAGGACGGUUUCCUUGACGACGGCCACGGUGACCCCUCACUGACCCCUGGCCUGAUCCCGACGCGCUGUCAGAACGGGGAGCGGAUGGAGCGUUACUCCAGGAAGGUGUUCGUCGGAGGCCUUCCCCCCGACAUAGACGAAGAUGAGAUCACAAACAGUUUCCGUCGCUACGGGCACCUGGUGGUCGACUGGCCCCACAAAGCAGAGAGCAAAUCCUACUUUCCCCCGAAAGGCUACGCCUUCCUGCUGUUCCAGGAGGAGGCCUCCGUCCAGGCGCUGAUCGACGCCUGCAUCGAGGAGGACGGCAAGCUGUACCUCUGCGUGUCCAGCCCCACCAUCAAGGACAAGCCCGUCCAGAUCCGCCCCUGGAACCUGAGCGACAGCGACUUUGUGAUGGACGGCUCCCAGCCCCUGGACCCCCGCAAGACCAUCUUCGUGGGCGGGGUGCCCCGGCCCCUACGCGCAGUGGAGCUGGCCAUGAUCAUGGACCGGCUGUACGGGGGCGUGUGCUACGCCGGCAUCGACACCGACCCCGAGCUCAAGUACCCCAAGGGGGCGGGGCGCGUGGCCUUCUCCAAUCAGCAGAGCUACAUCGCCGCCAUCAGCGCCCGAUUCGUCCAGCUGCAGCACAACGACAUCGACAAAAGAGUGGAGGUGAAGCCCUACGUCCUGGACGACCAGAUGUGCGACGAGUGCCAGGGCGCUCGCUGCGGCGGCAAGUUUGCGCCGUUCUUCUGCGCCAACGUGACGUGCCUGCAGUACUACUGCGAGUACUGCUGGGCCAGCAUCCACUCCCGGGCCGGCCGCGAGUUCCACAAGCCGCUGGUGAAGGAGGGCGGCGACCGGCCCCGACACGUCUCCUUCCGCUGGAGCUGAGCCCCGGUGGGGGGGGGGGGGGCCCGCCCGGCCCCUGGCCCCCGGCCGACACCCACCGGUCAGCGCUGCACUCCAGCACCACUCCCCAACACCUCCACCCCCACCUCCACCUCCUCCACCACCUCCUCCACCACCACCUCCUCCACCACCUCCAUCUCAUAGAGAAACACGACAACUAAAUACACAACAGAGGAUGAGCUACACGGGACUUUGUUUUUGUUUCAAAGUAACACCACCCUUGUGUCGUCCCCCCCCCUGCCCCCUCCCCCCCCCCCCCCCCCCCCCCCCCCCCGAGUAAGAAGUGUAAUUGUGACGUGGGUGUGUGGUGAUUCCACCUGCGAGCGUUUAUUCAUUUCGGGGUUUGCACUUUUGGCGCACAAUUAUUGGAACUUCACGCACCCACGCAUGACAGACAGGCGCCGUGUGGCCGAGGGCGUGGCCGUGUGCCACCCCCCCCCCCCCCCCCCCCCCCCCCCCACACACACACACACACACACACUGUGCGGAGACGGAGGUGGGACCACACACCUACUCAAAUUUAUAUUUUUUAUGUCUAUCUAUACAUAGAUAAUAUACGUUUUAUUUAAAAGGAGCAUGCACUAAAAGGAGCUGUAGAUAUCUUGCCCCUUGUAAAAGAGAAGAAGGAACUAUUGACAUUUACCAAAGGCGGCCGAAACGAACGCGUUGCAAACGUCAAACUAGGCGAAUAACCAAGUCCACAUCGGGCCGACUUAACGCAACGACCGCCGCCGCGGUCGCUCUCGAUUCUCACUCUGAAAACAAUACGAUUAAUACCUCGCGAGUGCAGUCGGACUAUUUCACUUUAAAACAUUUUUUUAGGGUUUUAUUUUUAUAAUACAUCAGAUUCCUUUUUAAUGUUGUGUAAAAUGUAAUGCUGCAAAAGGCUUUGCUGCUAAAAAUCUGUGGUAUGAAACGGAUACCAAUAAGUACUUUAUUCAGGCUACGGUGUGAGGACCGAACACACGUAGACAGACAGGUCACCUGGCGUCACCGGGCCGACCGGACGGGGGGGGGCACGCCCCUUUGACAUACGGCCGCUAUCCCAGUGGGGAUAGUGGGGUGGUGGUGGUGGGGGGAGGGGUCUGUGGGUGGGUGGGUGGGUGGGUGGGUAGGGGUGGGGGUGGGGGGGUAUUAUGGGUGCAGGAAGGACUGCCUCCUAUAACUGCAUGAAAUAUUUCAGUCAGGUUGCUGCAUGCGAUAGAAACUUUACGUAUCACGUCUACUGUCGUUAGAUUCCACCGACUUUUUGCACAACACUCACAAACUCACACUCACUCUCACACACACACUCACACACACGCUCACACACACGCUCAAACACACACUCACACACACACACACACACACACACACACACACACACACACACACGCAAUAGAGAGCUUACCUUUUUUUGGGGGGUGGGUGAGGAGGGGGGCUACCGUUCCCUUAACAACAACAACACCAACAACAACAACAACAACAACAACAACAACCAUGUAGGUGGUGAACUCAUCUAGUUAGAGGAAGACUAUAGUCAACAAAAAAAACGACAACCUUUCAAUGAUCACCAAGCUAAACCCACGUAGGAUUCCCGUUAAGCGCCGUCUAUGAUGGGUGAAGUACUUAUUCUUUUGCAGUGAUUGUAGAUAUAAUUGUGCAAUUUUCCUUUAUUUUUUUAAUCGUAUGUAGUUAGGUGAGAGUUUGCUUAGAACUGUGAUUUGCGUUAACUGUUGUUGAUGUCUGACCUAGAGUUCAACGUGAAACUUCAUAACUAGCGUAUUCACACGUAACAAAAAAUGUUCUUUAGAAACACACACACGCACACGGACGCACACACACACGCACACACACGGACGCACACACGCACGCACACACACGGACGAAGUACAGGACAAGCCUCUCACAACACUCGGAGCGGAUCACACGCAGGAGAGGAAACUACCCACAGUGAGGAGGGCCGGGACGAAAAGCGCUCGUUUGUGUCCCAAACAUAACCAAAGAGUGCACGUGGUGACCUGCGCACGGCUCCUAUACACACACACACACACACACCAACACACACAGCUACCCACAGUAGAGUACUGUGCGCCUCAAGAGCUCAUGAAUGAGGUUUAAAUAGAAGCAGAGAAGAAGAAGCCAAUGUGUGCAGUGGCAUCUGUAAGGGAAGAAGACUGUUGAAGUGUGGGGGGGGGAGGGGGGGGGGGGGGGGUAACUCUGUUUUCUUUUCUUUUUUUACCUGCAAAGCUUGAAGUAGAAUAAUGACCUGCUAAAUUGGUGGACAUAUUUUUAAUAUCCUACAGCCGAGGGAGGGGGGCCGGUCUGGGACUAGAGGGCGGGCCGGGGGUUUGUCCUUUUCGGGGUGGCGGCAUCAUUGGGGCACGUUUGGCGAGGCGCGGCCACGGCCCCUAGAGGGCGCAGAAACCAACAAGAGACCGGGGGGGUUGGCUGCCGUCGGCUGGGUGGAGCGGAGAGGGCAGAUCAGGGGGGGUUCAGGUUGGGGUGGGGGCCGGUGGGGUUCAGGUUAGGGUGGGGGCCGGUGGGGUUCUGGUUGGGGGGCCGGUUACACUGCUGUGGGCAGCUGUUGGGUUGAAUGCGACCCGAUCCUGCAUCAUUGCGAGUCUUGUUUGUCGUCUUUGGCGUGAUGUGAUUGUCUCCGUGACGACUUCCCACAGUCUCCUUUUGUUUUUGGUCUCAGGCAGUAAAGUUGUACACGAGUCGACGUUAAGUUAAUUUUUUAUUUCUUGGAAAAGAAGACGAAAUUGAGCUUGGAACGGAGGAUAACGAGUACUGGUAGGAAGGGGGGGAGAGACUCGAACAGACGCUAACCUGGCUAGGCUGAUGUAGUAUCCCUAAGAAGGUGAAUUCUGGCUGUCGCUUCUUUCUCCACCCAGAAGAGUUUUUCUAUGUUCGUUCCUUCUCAAUGAUAGACAUUUGUUAUGCACUACUCUUUGUAUCUGAACAGUUUUGGACAGUCAGCAAUUCUUUUUGUUAAAAGAGAAGAAAAAAAAGGCGGUAAAGCAUGCUUUUUUUGACUGACAUGACAUUUUUGCAAUACCUCAAUUUUGAAAUAUAUUAGGAGAGAACCAAUAUUUUCUAAGUAAGUUUAUUCAAAUGAAAAAAAGAAAUAUAUAUCUAUAUAUUAAUUUAAUUCUUAGAGAGAAAUGAUUUAACAGAGGUUGAUUCUUAUUUUUUAUCAUGCUCAUUUGCUUUUACUUUCAAAUUUAUUUUUUGACAAUUGAGGGAGCUGGAGCUUUAUAACUUUAAUAUAAUGACAUAGUUAGUGAGCGUACAUUCUACUUUAUUACCAAGUAGUGAGUGAGUGAGUGCUGGUCUGGUUAAAAAUAACCAGCAACGGCACAGUGUCAACAAAACAUAACAAAUAAGGAAAUAAUCCAUUAGUAAUCGUUCGAAAAAAAUAAUUAUCAAUAAGAGAUCCUUAAUAUAUCGGGUGCUUGGAAAGAAAACUGAAGAUACUUCCCUUGAUUUUUUUUAUAUUUAUAUAAUCAAUCAUUUACAAUGCUGACCAGAAUAUUUUUUUUUUUUACUUUUUAUGUUUCCUACAAAUGUGUACUCCCUUUUCUUUUGUAACGUAAUAAAACACUUUGUGUUUUAUUAUUUGUUGGCCUGAUAUCAUAAGGGGGGGUUUAAAAAAAUAAAUGACAUUAAAAAGGACGUCUAAGAGUCACUGAAAAGCUUGGGAUAAAAAAGAAUGUUCUUUUUUUUAACACAAAACAGACUUAAGUGUUUUACCUGUAAACGCCCCCCUCCCAAAAGGUGCAUCAAUUAAAUGGUGGCCUUCUAUUCACGCAAGACUUGAAUUAGUCCCAUUUUUUAAGACUAAGAACCUUGAUUCUUUGUUGUAAUGUGCAAUACUGUUUGUACUGUUUGUAAAAAAAAAAAGAAGAAAAAAACAUGAAAAAAAGAGACAAAAUCUUUAUUGCAGAAUUAUUUUCAUUGCAAGCAAUGUGAUUCACUAAAAUCAUUUUCUACCGUGUGUUUACCUGCUAGUACCUUCCAGUGGUAAUGUAGCCUUUGUACUGAGAAAUUUUCAUUAUUUUUAGAACGUUUUGCUAAAAAAGAAAAGGAUUAAAACAUUUACAUGUUUUUUAUUUAAUAUUUUCUUUACAGACUUAUUUCUCAACCAUUUAAUAGUUAUUUCUGUGGGAGACUUUCAUAUCUGGUCAAUGUCAUUAAUAUUAUUUUGUAUUUUUACUUUGAAUAAAUUAAUUUUAUGAUGCUAAUUCUUUUAAGUUCAUUUUCUGUUUGUCCUCUGUUUCAUUCUGGAAGUAGGAAAAACAACUUUUUAAUAUUGUUGGUAAAGUGUCUUAGAUUCUUGAAAUGCUAUGCUUUUUGUAUUAAUUUGCUGAUGUUGCUUAUACAUUAGUGUGGAACUGAUCUCCAAAAAGAAAAUAUAUGGGGAAAAAAUCUAUAUAUACAUGUGUGUAUAUAUAUAAUAUAUAUAUAUAUAUAUAUAUAUAUAUAUAUAUAUAUAUAUAUAUAUAUAUAUAUAUAUAUAUAUAUAUAUAUACACACACACAUACACACACACAAAACAAAAUAGUGGAUCGUAAUGUAAUGAUGGUUGGCAAAGGUGAUGUAAACAAACUAAUGGGCAAUAAAAUGAAAUGGAGCAUAUGAUUCUUUAUGUUGUGACGUACGUGUGGAAGCUGGGAAACUGCCUCUGCCACUCCAGACACAACUUCUAAAACUGCAAUAGUACUUUUAGUUCUUAAUUAGAGGAUCACGAUGCAUGAUCUAGCUGGAGCUUGCACAACUUUUUUUAUUCACCUGAGACACUAAAUAAUAGCAACUCCUGAAUAGGCCUUAAUUAUUCAACAUUUCCAUAUUAAGCGUCUGGUUCAACAUUAAUGCAAUGUUGAGUCCAGUCCCUUGAACUAGAGAUGCAAAUGAACGCGUGUGAUUGUAUUGUAUGAAUGUAUAUUUGAGAAGCCGUGUGUGAAUACAUUUGACAGUGUGGGGGCAUACAUGAUUUCGCUGCAGAUUCCCGAUUGCUCAAACUAUCCUCCAUUCCUGGACAGUGAAGGAGAUCCUGAUUUAUAAUGUUUAUCAAUUUGCCGUCCUUUGUUUAGUUGCGUCAGUCAUCAAACACAUUGCAUAUAAUUAAUGAAAUGCUAAUACCGAUCUCUGGACCAGCAGUUCAUCAAGGUACCCUACAUGUCUUGGAAGAGGCUGGGUUGCUACUGUUUCUAAAUGUAUUACUGGCAAAGCAAACAGUUAUAAUCGAGCAAUAUUAAUAUGUGCAAUUUAAUAGAAAAAAAAAUAGGACAUGUAACUAAUCUUGCUGGAAUACUGUAUAUUACGUAUGCUUCUGUGGUCAGUCUUACUGGGGUACGCUGUUUAACGUCAAAACGUGAUAUUUAUAGACAAGUUGGAUGUCAAUUUAGUAAUUUACCAACAACCCACUUCAUAAAUGUAUUUUUUUUUUUAAGUAACUUUUUUUACUCGACUUGAAUACUGGUUCUUUAAUAUUGACUAGACAUUUAAAAAUGCUUACGUUGAAUUUAACCAUGCUUGUCUACACUUUGCAAUUCAGCUGUGAUUAUUCGGUGAGAAAAGAGAACAAUGCUGAUUGCGUCAGUUUCUAUGACCCCUCUGGCCCCCCCAAACCAGUUUGACCCUUUUCUGUAUCAAUAAGCUAAUGUUAUUAAAUGUAACUGUAUGUGUCGUGAA